CCCCCUCCCCCCACUGGGGAUGUGCCCACAACCAAGGUACAUGCCCUUGACCGGAAUCGAACCUGGGACCCUUCAGUCUGCAGGCCGACGCUCUAUCCACCGAGCCAAACUGGCUAUGGCUCCUUUUUUCCUUUGUGGUUCAGUGACAUUUUCCUUACCCAUGACUGUACAAAUAAUCACAUAGUUGAUAACCAGGGUUUUCAUUAUGAUGUCUUGAUUUUCCCAAUGGAAGUGCAGUAUUUGUGUACCGCCUAUGACAUUGAUAAUGUCAUUUCCAUUUACCAAUUUGUUUUAUAGAUGAAGAAACUGAGGUUCAGAGAAGGUUAGUUUCUUCCCAAAGUGAUCCUGCCAGGAGUAGUGGAGCUGGGACUACCUCCGGAGCUCUGAGCCUGCAUCUGCAUCUGCUCUGGUCCUUUAGGCCCUGGCUGCCCCUAUUUCAGGGGCCGAGAGGAAAGAGCUGAGCUAGAGAAUGACAAAUGAUACCAAUUUCUGUGAGGGCACAGUAUGAAGUGGAGGCCUCAAAGAGCUCACUGAGCUCUUGGCAUAAGGACUGACUGUUAUGUUCAAACAUGAUUAUUAAAUCAUCAGACCUCACCCUAGCCAGUGUUGCUCAGUUGGUUGAGCAUUUUCCCGAGCACGGAGAGGUCCCAGUUUGAUUCCAGUCUCGGCACAUGCCUGAUUUGUGGGUUCAAUCCUCAGUAGGGGGCAUUCAGAAGGCAGCCAAUUGAUGUUUCUCUCUCCACCUCCCUGUAAAGUCAAUAAAAACAUACUUUAUUUUUUAAAAAUAUAUUUUAUUGAUUUUUUUACAGAGAGGAAGGGAGAGGGAUAGAGAGUUAGAAACAUUGAUGAGAGAGAAACAUCGACCAGCUGCCUCCUGCACACCUCCUACUGGGGAUGUGCCCGCAACUAAGGUACAUGCCCUUGACCGGAAUCGAACCUCGAACCCCUCAGUCCACAGGCCGACACUCUAUCCACUGAGCCAAACCGGUUUGGCCAUACUUUAUUUUUUUUAAAAAAUCAUCAGACCUCAAUCAACCAGCAUUCUCCACUAGGAAACUGAUCCUGGAAAGGCUAAAGGUCUUUGAGUGUCUAAAGACUGGAAGAAGGAAAUUAAAAUUCACCGAGCAUCUAUUCUAAUACUAUGAGUGGUACUAGAAAUAUUAGAGAUUAGGGGUGAGCACCUCAAUCCCUAACUCCAAGGAGUGCCGCCUGAUAAAGUGUGGCAGAAUCUGGAAUGGGGUUUGCCAUCAUUCUGUUGGAGAAGGAAGGGUGAGCCUUUUGGGAAGGCUUCUCUGAGAGGUGACACCUGGAAAGGGGGCUGCAUGAGGAGGAGUUUAUCAGGCAGAGGGGGAGAGGAGGUAAAGAUAUAUGGGGUGCCGGGUGUGUUGUAUGAAAAUGUAAUCUCCAGCCCUAACUAGUUUGGCUCAGUAGAUAGAGCGUCGUCGGCCUGCAGACUGAAAGGUCCCAGGUUCGAUUCCGGGCAAGGGCAUGUACCUUGGUGUGCAGGAGGCAGCUGAUUGAUGUUUCUAACUCUCUAUCUCUCUUCCUCUCUGUAAAAAAAUCAACAAAAAAUAUAUUUUUAAAAAAGAAAAUGUCAUCUCCAUAUUCCCUGGGGAAGGACAUUCAAUUCCCUUUAUAAAGGAGCAGAGAUCAUAGCGGUUGAGUCCACAGGCAGGAAACGACAGAGCUGGGAAUGGAAGCUAAACCUGUGACUUAGAGCAGGAACUCUUUCCUCUGCGCUCAGGGAGACUGCAGAAGGGAGCGGGCUCAAGAGGGACCUUGGGGUUGUCCACAAUGGGUGAGGGGAGGACGCUGGAAAGAGCCGGAGGCCCAGAGCGACGCAGGGACCCGAUUGGAGCCGAAGAAUGUGCUUGUGUCACUAGAGACUUUGACUUUGCCCCUUAGGCUCGCCUCCCUCGGGGCAGAUAAAGAAGUAGGGGGAUCAGAGUGAGGAUCAGAGUGGGGAUCAGAGCCGCUCACUCCUGGCUCCCUGGCUCCCUGGUUCUGAAUGUGGGAGGGACAGAACUGGAUGAAUUAGGGGAGGGGCCAUCGCGGGCCCCGCCCACAACCUUUGUGUCGGGGGAGCUGGAGAAAGGGCACCGGUUGAGAGCCAAUCAAGAUGCCGCAUGUAAAUGACCCCGAGGGGCGUUCUCCGAGCGACUCCAGAGCAGUGUCGCUGCCCCCGAGCGGGCAGAGAUCGCACUGCCUGGCGCCAUGCGAGGCGCUAACUUUGGUGAGUCGGGGGGUUCGGCCACGGACAGACGCCCGGGCGCCCGGGGUCUGGGAGGGGCGAGGAUUGGAGAUGGUCAAAGUCAGGAUGAGGACGUCCUCGGGGACCCCAACCCCAACGGUUCCGGACACGGAUGUGUAUGCCGACGCCCAGGGGUCUCCAGGAGCAACGGCAGGGCCAGACCCCGGAGGGACUUGGGGUGGCGGGAGCGAGGGACCUGUGGACCCGGGGCCUCUGACGCAGUGUCCUACAGAGGGACGGAGACUCGAACCUAUGGAAGCCUGGGGAGAAACUCACGCCUUCUCCCCGCCCGACGCGGAGAGGCAGCCGCGGCCGCACGGCAAAACGGAAGAGAGAGGACGGCUGGCAGCCGACCGGUGCACCCACAUCAUGAACACCUGCCGCCACCACUCGGGAUACCUGGCGGACGAUGAGGCCGGCCACAUCACGUACCGGGCCCGGGUGCAGCCGCCUAAGAAGCCACCGUUCCUGAAAGUGGAGCAGCCCUCCAAUCUGGGCCACGUGCCACACCCACCGUCAAUGUACGGCCCCUCCGGCAGCUCAGGGCUUCGCAGCCACCGUGGGAGCACGAGGGACCCUCGGCCCUUUGGCAGUUUCCUGGAUUUCCUUGUGGAGGGCCAGGUGCUAGAGAGCCUGCAGAGGGUGGUGGAGGAAGCAACUGAGCGCAUGGCUACCAUGAAGACAGAGACUGGGGCGCCGCUGGUGGAUGUGCAGGACCCAGUGGAGAUGCCGAGGGGUGGGCGACGUGUGCGUGCCCGGCCCAGCCUCAAUACUGUGCACCGGCACCAUGUCCAGCCCAGCCUCUGCAUCGGGCACCCCAACAACUAUCCAUCCUGCUCCAGCUCCAUGUCUGACUCACAUAGCAACGCCACAGUCGGCUACCCGGGUUCCUAUGGCCGGGACAGUGACCUGGGCUACCGCGGCCUAGGCCCACUGCCACCCAUAAGGGACAGACUGCUGCAGGAGAAGAGCCUUAAACGGCUGCUGCGGCUGGAGAACAGAGGGAAACGCCUGCCCUGCUCCCAGGGGGAUGCCCUGCUGUGGGACUCACUGGGCUCAAGCUUGGGUACACCGGAAGCAUCAGAGCUGGGGAUUGGCGAGAGAGAGCUGAAAUUCCUCAAGAGAGAGUUCAACAGGGAGAUCAAGUCCUUGCUGAGCCAGUCGGAGGCCUUCAACCUGCCCGGCUACUCUUCGUUCCGUGAGCCCCAUCGGACCCUAGACCUCCUGGCCAAGCACCAUCUCUUCCCUGCCCUGCAGAGUGUGGUCAACCAGGCUGUGGACAAACUCAGUGGCGCCCUCCGGCAGAACGGCUGCCCUCUCUUCCCAUCAGAAUGGGAGCCCAUCACAGAGCCCAAUUUAGAAAUCACACCAGGCUCCAAACUGGCCACACCCAACCCAGAGGAGACCACUGAUGAUCUCCCCUCCACCACAGCCUCCAGCUCCAAGAUGACUGGAAGAAAAAACAAGCCCAGAACACGGGACAAGUCCAAGGAAGGUGGUUCCACCAUGUCUAAUGCCCAAGGAGCCACCAGAUUUAGGCUCCAGAGCCCCCAUUACAACAGGAAGAAGAUGACACUGCCCUCCAUCUCCUCCAAGUCCAUAUCCUGCAUCUCCAACCCCUGGUCUGAGGAGCUUAUCAACGACAUGACGGAGCAGGCUGUCUCCUUGCUUGUCUGCAAGUACAAGUUUGAGAGGAACCUCACCAAGCAGCUGGGCCUCAUCUCCUUCCCCAUCACGGAGACCCUCGUGGACCUCUUGCUGGGCUUCAAGAAAGUGAAAGGCUCCAACAUCUGCCUGUCCUCGGAGGUCAACUGGAACGACCUGCUGCGCAUGCUGGAGGAGGCCCAGUGGGCCCGGCAUGUGUCCCUGGAGGCCUCCCAGCAUGACGCCUCCCAGCGCACUGCCUCCCUCCCAGGCAGCAUAGACACCCCCUCCAUAUUGUCUAUGCCGGCCACUGUCCUGGAUCAGGUGGCCGAGGAGCCAGGCCCCCAGUUACCUAACCUUCAGGAGAAAGGUACAGCGGAGGAGCACAAGCCCACGAACCAGUUGGAGCCCAAGCCCUCCGCAUCCCAGACCACUGGCACGGGCUUCAAGCAGCCUGAGCAAGUAGUGGACAUGGGGGAGAAACAG